AUGGCACCCAAUACAGAUAAUACCUUCGAAUUAGAAGACAAUCAAAAUCUUCCAAUAUUAUUCAACAAAGAACAUUUAAAGUAUCUUAAUGAAACAUUGGCAAAAUUGCCACCCAAAAAAAUUCUCGAAUGGGCUAUAGUUACUUUACCUGGUUUAUAUCAAACUACUGCUUUUGGUCUCGCAAUUCUAGAUAUGAUAUCUAAAGUCAGUCUCGAAUUUGCCGAAGAAAAUGGAACCUUACCUCAGCAUUUAGUCCCUCUCAUCUUUCUCGAUACUCUUUAUCAUUUUCCAGAAACUUUGUCUCUUGCGAACAAAGCAACCACUCAUUAUAAAACUAAAUUUCACACUUAUAAACCAAUCAGUUGCGAUACAGCACAAGAUUUUGAACGAAUCUAUGGGCAAAAACUCUGGGAAACAGAUGAAACUACUUAUGAUUAUUUGGUCAAAGUUGAACCCUCGAGAAGGGCAUAUAAAGAAUUGGGUGUUAAGGCUAUCAUAACCGGACGUCGUCGAAGUCAAAAAGGGGAUCGCGAAAGUAUAGACAUUUUAGAAAUAGAAGAAGGAACUGGUUUGUUAAAAUUGAAUCCUUUAGCUCACUGGGAUUUUACAAAAGUUAGAACUUACGUUCGUGCUAACGAGGUACCGUACAAUCCACUUCUAGAUCAAGGAUAUCGAUCAGUGGGGGAUUGGCAUAGCACAUUACCAACCAAUGACUUAAGUAAUGAACGUGGUGGAAGGUGGGAAGGAAAAAACAAAUCAGAAUGCGGAUUACAUAAGGAUUAUUUUAAAAUGCGUGCAGAUUUCAUUGCAGCACAAAGAAAGAGAUCAACCUUAGACAAUUCUAUUGUUAAACAAAGAAAAUACGCGGUUACAGAUUCUGUAAUAUUUGUUCCGAUUAGUUUGCGUCGUUAUGGCCUUUCUGAGAUAAUAAACCAUCUUUUGGGUUUUGAGAAACCUAUUCCAUUCGAUUUUUUAAUUGAUAAUCAAUUUUUAAGAACAAGUUUAUCCGAAUAUAUACAAAAUGCAAACUUAUCGACAGAAAAUAUACUUACCAUCAAAUACGUCGAAUCGUUGCUUCCACCAACUCCACUAUCAACUUUUCAACAUUAUGAUUGGAUAAGUUCUGUAAAAAGUCAUGAUCAAAGUUUAAUCUUGACAGGAUCAUAUGACAAUCACGUUCGUAUAUUCAAUACAUCUGGAGAAUGUUUAAAGACUUUUGCUGGACAUCAGGCACCAAUUAAAAGUGUUUCAUGGAUAUCUGUCUCAGAUGAUAAUGUCACUUUCUUAUCAGCUUCACAAGAUCGAACAAUAUGGGCUUGGGAAGCUUCUCUAAUUGAUGAUAAAUAUUUAACUUUGUAUGAAUGCAAAGGACAUAAGGGGAAUGUAGAAAGUAUAUCACUUCAUCCCUCUCGUACCAAGUUUGUAAGUGCAUCUUGGGAUUCUUCAAUAUUAUUUUGGACAACUGCUAUUCCAGAAGAAAGUGAACAAGAAAUUUUAGAAAUUUCAUCGAAAAGGAGAAAAUUAAAUAUUAGAGAAACUAAAGUUAAGACGCCAAUCGCAAGGAUGCAUGGUCAUAUUGGACCUGUUUCUUCAGUAGUUUUUGAUACCAACGAUCAUGGUAAAAUGUAUAGUGGUGGUUGGGAUCAUUCUGUAAGAAUUUGGGAUAUCGAAUCAACAACAAAUUUUAAUACAAAGAAUUGUGAUAAAUCAGUUUUGAAUAUUACAUAUUCCGAUAAAUCCGGAUUAAUUGCAUCGGGUCAUUCCGAUAAAGUAAUAAGAUUAUGGGAUCCACGCGCCAAAGCAACCGUUGUAAAUUUGACGCUUGCAUCUCAUCGAAAUUGGGUAUCGGGUGUCUCAUGGUCAACAAAUUCUCAAUAUAUGCUCGUUAGUGGAUCUUAUGAUGCAUCAUUAAAAAUAUGGGAUAUUCGUAGUAAGACACCUUUAUAUACGCUUCAAAUAUCUUCAAAUGAAGAAAGUAAAAUAAAUGACAAGAAAGUUCUUUGUGUGGACUGGGAUUUUGAUGUAAUUUUGAGUGGAGGUGAAGAUGAGAAAUUACAUAUUUAUAGUGCAAAAAAAUUGAGUUAA